GUGCUGGGAUGGCGCUUCCUGGGCCAGGCGCGGCGGCGGGCGGCCCCAGCCGGUCCCGGGGGGCGGCGGGAGCAGCAGCGGCAGCCCGGCGGGCCUCCCGUUCUGCCUAGCCCGGCAUGUCCCGGAGCGGCCCGCGCUGAGCGAGGCGGGCUCCCUCCCUCCGUCCUUCCCUCCGUCCGCCCUGCCCGCUCCGCUGGCUGCAGCCCCGCCGGGUGGGAGCACCCCGCCGGCGCUGCCUGUCUGGCUCUCCUUCUCUCCUUUCCCUCCUCGGGCCGGGAAGAUGGACCCCGGCCCGCCGCUGGGCUGCAGCCUCAAGGACAUGAAGUGGAGCGCAGUGGCCGUUCCCCUGGACCUGCUCGUCAGCACCUACCGGCUCCCGCAGAUCGUCCGGCUGGACAGCGGAGAAACUGUAGAAGGCCUUCGAGAGAGCGAUUAUCUUCUGAUUCAUUCAUGUCGGCAGUGGACAACAAUUACAGCUCACAGUCUGGAGGAGGGUCACUACGUCAUAGGGCCAAAGAUAGAAAUUCCUGUACAUUAUGCAGGGCAAUUUAAGCUGCUGGAACAAGACCGAGAUAUUAAGGAGCCAGUGCAGUAUUUUAACAGUGUGGAGGAGGUGGCUAAAGCAUUUCCUGAACGAGUUUACGUCAUGGAGGAAAUAACAUUCAACGUUAAGGUGGCUUCAGGUGAAUGCAAUGAAGACACUGAGGUUUACAACAUUACCCUUAGUACCGGGGAUGAGCUCACUUUAAUGGGGCAAGCAGAAAUCCUUUAUGCAAAAUCUUCUAAGGAGAAGUCACGAUUCAACACCAUCUUCAAAAAAAUCGGGAAGCUUAAUUCAAUUAGUAAGCUAGGCAGAGGCAAAAUGCCCUGCCUCAUCUGCAUGAACCACAGGACCAACGAAAGCAUCAGUCUCCCCUUCCAGUGUAAGGGCAAGUUCAGCACCCGCAGCCCGCUGGAGGUGCAGAUGCAAGAAGGUGAGCACACGAUUCGCAAUAUAGUAGAAAAAACCAGGCUGCCCGUUAACGUGACUGUGCCAAGUCCUACACCAAGAAACCCUUAUGACCUGCAUUUUAUCCGUGAAGGGCACAGGUACAAGUUUGUCAACAUUCAAACCAAGACUGUGGUGGUUUGUUGUGUGCUUCGUGGCAACAAAAUUAUUCCCAUGCAUUUUCCGUUGCACUUGUCGCUUCCGAAAUUUAUUCUACCUGACAGCCUGGUAAAGGGGGAGCUGUGGCACGAAUCCCUCAUCCAGCAUUGGUUUAAUAUAUGCCAGGAACAGUUUGACAUAGAUGAGUAUUCCCGUGCCGUGCGAGAUGUGAAAACUGACUGGAACGAAGACUGCAAGAGCCCGAAGAAGAGCCGAUGCACGGGGCACAGCCACGUGCCCAACUCCCUCAGCUACGCACGGGACGAGCUUACGCAGUCCUUCCACCGGCUUUCGGUGUGUGUCUAUGGAAACAACUUGCAUGGGAAUAGUGAAGUGAACCUCCAUGGCUGCAGGGACUUGUGUAACGAGUGGGCCCUGUUCUCUCAUGAUGCUCUUCAGUACCAGGAGUCUGGUGACAGUAGCAGCGAUUACCUUUUCCCUGAAGUUAGCGAAGAAUCAAUGUUUCUGCCUACUAAACCAGAACUUCCUUACGAAGAGCUGUGGUUGGACCAAGGGUCUGGAAAGGCUGGUGACCAGCCUCUCACUCGCUCGCUAAGUGAGAAGAACAAAUGUGACAACUACAGAGGGUCUUUCCGAUCAAAGUGUGGUACCGCAUCUCUUCCUGUGCCUGCAACUGUUGGAGCAACCACAAAGUCUUCAGAUGUUUCCCUACCUCCACCUCCAGUGCCUCCCAAAUCAGAAGCAGUAAAAGAGGAAUGCAGGCUCCUGAAUGCUCCUCCCGUCCCACCACGGAGCUCAAAGCCGUCCUCCACCAGUCCUUCCAUCCCUCCUCGUACAGCCAAACCUGCACGACAGCAGACGCGCUCUCCCAGCCCUACUCUGUCCUACUACUCUUCAGGACUGCACAACAUCAAUGUCACAGAGAGCAACAACACCAACCCAACUGAGAGCACACCUGUUUCCUGCUACCCCUGUAACACGAUGAAAAACGAAUCCAAAGAGUCUGAAAGCACGAUGCCUUUGGGAAGCCCCUCAUCUGAAGCUUUGCCUUCGAGGUUAUCUUGGCCAAACCAUUUUUCAGGAACUGCUGAGGGCCAGAAUAAGAGUGAUUUUCUGCUUGAUCCAAGCAGGAGCUACAGUUACCCCAGACAGAAGACUCCAGGUACGCCAAAGAGAAACUGUCCAGCACCUUUGACUUUUGACUUCGAUGGGUGUGAGCUCCCGGCAGGGUACUCCCCGCUGACCCCAGCAGAGUUCACAAACACCAUCUCUACCUGUCCAAAGUCAGCAAGUUACUCUCUAGACUGCACUGAUGAGAAAACUCUGGGAGUCAGCGACGCAAAGCAGAGCCAUUCUUGUCCUGCCUUACCUCCUCGGGCACCGAAGUCAAGUGAAGAGAAAGCGGUUACAGACAUGUGUCCCUUGCCACUGAAAAUAGAUGGUGCUGAAGAGGAGUCAAAAGCUGGUUCUCCAGACCUCUUGGAAGAUCAAUAUCUCGUUAAAAAGGGCAUGCAGGAUACGUUCUCUGUGUCUUAUCCCUUCUCAUCUCCCCUCCACCUCCAGUUAGCACCAAGAUCUUGUGGGGAUGGCUCUCCCUGGCAGCCACCCACAGACCUUUCUGGACUCUCAAUAGAGGAAGUGUCUAAAUCACUGAGGUUUAUUGGUCUGUCAGAAGAUGUCAUAUCAUUUUUUGUUACAGAGAAGAUCGAUGGCAAUUUACUGGUUCAACUUACAGAAGAAAUCCUGUCAGAAGACUUUAAGCUAAGCAAAUUGCAGGUUAAGAAAAUAUUACAGUUCAUUAAUGGCUGGCGGCCCAAGAUGUGAUGCCGACUAGUUAUUAGUGGAACUGUACGAGAUGUGCUCGAUGCACUUCAGCUAAUCAUCACUUCCUGUUUUUUGCACUAAAAGCCCUUCCUGUAAAUAGUAGUAGAAAAAUUCUUACUAUGCAGAUAAACAUUUUUUGAGUGGUGAACAGAUUUUUUUUUUUUUGUAUGUCAGUAAUAAAAGUAGAGAAUCUGCAGAGGUGUGCCUUGUGCAUCCCUGACUGUUCAACAGCUGCUAAAAACUGGACACUAAGGGAACUUUUACUCCGUAGUCUGUUAAGACUUAGUCGUAUUUAUUACUGAACAAUUUGAUGCUGAAAGACACACACUGAUCCAGUUUACAGUUUUGUUAACUGCAAGAAAAAUGUAUUUCUUACGGGAUUGUUUCUGUUCAAAUGAUAUUUGGCAACAUGCUGUGACUUUCUUCCGUUUCUGUUAACAAAAAGCAUGUUCAGAUACACAAAAACAUCCUUUUGACACUACAUCUGAAAAUGUUAAGAAUUGCUGUGAAGUGCCACUAAUACACUACUCUUGCAGCAUAUUUUUAUUAACAGUAUCUUCCUGGUUACCUGUAAUGUGGAUACAUUUUCUAUAUUACUUUGAGCAAAAAGAGUUAAAUGUUUCUAAGAGUCUUGCUUAGCUCACUGCCCAGAGGGGAGGGAGAAAGGGGAUUUUUCUACUGAGCCACUCUGCCCUGGCCAAUUAAAAGUUUAUGACCUGUAGAUUUCAAAAGUUGCUUUUGUAGUCGGAUAGCUGGAGCGAGUAGCAUGACUUCUGGUCGUGCAGCUUUCUCAUGGGAAAGGCAGUUCAGUGCACAGGCUCCUCUUGGCAGGUCCUGGCUGCCGCAGUAAGCCUGCUAGCGCAGCCCUAGCAAUAGCCUUGCUUUGGUGAAAGGCAACCCCUUGUGUUUCCUUUGCUGCUGCUACAGUCAUCUGAAAAUGUGCUCUUUGUGCUAUUCUAUUCCUGCUGUCGGAUCUGUGUGGGAAGGUGGUUAGUACUCUUGUAGGAUGCCUUUGAAAUAAAGCAUUAGCAAGGUGGGAGGGAACAGAAACAGCAUAUGGCACGCUGGUAAGAAAUGGCCAAGUGAGGUUUAGGGCCAUGCCACAGGAAAUGUGUGUGAUGUUUUAAGUUCACCUGUCUUGCUUACAGUGGGCUAGGACGAUGUGGGUGUUGAAGUAGGAGGGACUGUAGCAAUCUAAGAUGUGUUAAUUCAGUUGCCCAGCUGCAAAAACUCACUGCGAUAAAUGUCACACUGAAGUAGCAGUCAUAAGGGAGCAGAGAGAUGGGAAGGGGGCAUUAGUCUGCCCCUGGAGACCUUUCAAAUUUAACUGUUCAGAAGGCUAGAAAUGGGAUUAAAGUUUGAUAGUCCACUGCUGAUUUCUUGUAGUUGGCAGACCUCUCUGGUAUGUGUCUAAAUAACCCCAAUAUUCCCUGCCUCUGUAGUACUGAAUGUAAGGAUUUAUGGAAGUCCUCAGGAAACAGUCUGUGGUGUCCAUCCUCAGGAAGUGUGUGUGCCCAGGAUCCUUCAGUGGUCAGAGCCAGGGAUGCUAGACAGAAAUACAGAACAGGGACAAAAAUGGGAGGCUGAUUUUGCCUGGGUUGGUUUGGUUGGGUUUUUUUUGCCUGGGGUUUUUUUGUUUUGGUUUUUUUGGAGUUUUUUUGGUUUUGGUUUUUUGGUUGGUUGGUUGGUUUUUUUGUGUGUUUGUUUGGUUUUUUGUUUUGUUUUGGGUUUUUUUGUUUGUUUGGUUGGUUGGUUUUUGGGGCUUUUUGGGGUGGUGUUUUUUUUUUUCCCCCCAAAAAAUAUAUUUGCAAAGGGAGUUUUCUGUUGCCUGGGCAGAUUUCGUGUCGUGUCUCCAUGCUGAAGUCAAGAGGCAUUAUUUGUCUUGCAAUAAUGCAAACCACCAGUUCCCAACCAGAGGGCAAAGCCCAAUUGAUGUGGGUACUAGAAAGCAGUGAGCCAAAAAGUACCCGAGUAGAAAACCCCCAAGAGUUCAUAAUCCUACUCUUUUUCUUAAUGUAUUGACUUUUAGCAACAGAUCAAUAGCUUUCUCCGGAUGGUUUUUAAUUAGUGUCCUAAAAUAUUUUAGCUGCAAGUAAGACUAAAUCAAAUUCAAGUACUGUUCAGGUGUGUUUGCUGUGUGCAAGUUGAAGUCAAAUGCAUUUUAACUCUCACUAUGUCAAAUAGCAUUCAAAUUUGAAAGGGCUGAAUGUUAAAUGUCAGGUACUUCUCUUUGGUUUGCUUGGUUUGUUAAUUCCAGGUUAAAAAAAAGCAACAUUCCUCUCUCAAAAAAAUAAACCCGAACCAAAACGAACAUUAAAUAUUGCUGAUGCCCUGAGUAUAUUAAUAUCCCUGAGGAAAGUGUGUUCUUUGGCUAAGGAUGGACACCUCUUCUCUUAUCUCUGCGUACCUGCUUGGAAUGUUUUUUCUUGCGAGCAGCCUGGUGGAAUGUGCAUUCAUGAGUGUGCUGCAUUAAUAUCACAUAUGCAUAGACCAAAAUACAACUGGCCUCCUAAAGGCCCAGAAAUGUGCAAUAGUUUCAGAAGCAGUGCCUGUGGGCAAAAGUACAGCUAAAAUCCCUGACUGCAAACUUGCUAUUGAUGUCCUUCCAGUUGUCUUGUUCUGGCUUGGCACUGCUUACUUAUUUUUAUGCAUAUGUUAGCAUUUGACCUAUUCUUUUGCCCUUGGCUGCUCAUCAUCUUAAUUUUCCAAGCCUUUUUUAGUGAUUUAGGUAUUCCUAACCUUUGUGUUGUGUGAAUCAUAUGACUGCAGAGUCGAGCUACCUGCGAUGAUGCCCCAGCUGGACUAGGUCUGCAUCUGCUCUGUUGAAGUCAUGGGAGUGAUGAGCAAACCAGGCAGCCAGUGUGGUGGCUUGGCCUUUCCACUGCUGCGGCCAUGGCAGCACUGAUGCCCAUGGGAUCUAAUUUAUUUGCUUUCCUCUUGAGCUUCGCUGCUGUGAGGCUGGGGGUCAGGACCAUCCUUGGUGCUGUAGAAGGCAGUUUGAACAGGGCAAACCUAUGUGAAUGCCUUGGUCUCAUGGGAAGUCCCUAGCAAUAAAGGGAUGGUGGCACCUUUGAAAUGGGGCAGCAGCAGAGAAGAGCUUUAGGCCUAAGCAGAGAACCUGCGGUUCUUUUAGAAAGACUCUGGGUAUAAAACCCAAAGACUUAAAUCUGUAAAAGGUUACAAAAUGCUGCACUGCUUAUGGUACUUAGAGAUGGAGGGUUACUUUAAUGUUCCCACUGUGACUAGGAAGUGUCUGAAAGCUCUGGGGAAUAUCCCUGUGAUACAAACUUUUUACCAGCUGAUGUGAAUAGGAGGAGAUAGCAUUCAGUGUUUGAUAGGACUUGCAAACAGAGCAGUGCUGGGGCACUCUCUUAUGGGAUUCCCUUAUUGCUGAACUGUUGAUGAGGGUUCUUGCCUGGUUUGAUGCAACCUAACCAGCCUAUGCAAUGGGUGAUCCCAGACAACUCCCAAGCACAGCUUGGAAGUUAGCAAUGGGGGAAACCAGCCUGGUUUUGGAGGGUAAUGGAGUUCGACUGUGUGAGAUGUGUUGGUUGUCCUUGGGGCCUGAGUGCAGGCUCUGGCCCAUUUCAUCCACUAACAGAGAUGUAGCCAUGGAGUUUGGAUAAUAUACGUUCUGCCAGAGCCAGCCUAAAAUCUCUUACUUUUUGGAGGCAGUCUACUAAAAUAGGCCAGUCCUAACCUUGGAUUUCUUUCCUCAGAUUAAAUAAAUGUAGGGCCUCUGGUGCUUAUUUAGUUAUCAGUGUCUGAAGUUCUGUGUUAUCUUCGGGAGUUUUGUUUGUCAGGGCAUUUGGUAGCAAAAAAAAUCUGGCAUGUCAUUCUGUAUGGAGCUGUCUCUUUGUCCUGCACCAGGAAACACAUCCUUUCUAUGCAACAGUUGCGUAGCAGCACAAGGACUGAUGAAAGUGAUCAGUGAAAGCUGGAUUCUGGCAUAGAGGCCUUUCAGGAGGUGGACAUGGAACUGGCCAGGGGUGGGAUGGGGAGGAGGCUUGAGGCAAAAUCCUGGUUUCCUUUAAGCACUCAUUGUGCCUAGGAUUAAGGAUCUUUGUAUUGCUGCCUGGCUGGCUAACCAAAGCUGCAUUGAAAUCAACUCAAAGUGUCAUAUUAUAAAAAAUGCCUACAGCUAGAAACUUAGAGACAGAAAAUAUUUGGUCCAUCCAAAAUCAGAAGGAAAAUGUAUUUCAAAAUGUUCUUUGCAGCUAGAAGCAAGGGUUUGAAGUAACUGUAUUACACAGGGGUUUUUCCAAUAAAAUGGUUUUACAUGCCACUUUAAUGGACUUUAUUCCACAGCAACAGCUUCAAGAGAAACAGCAUAAGUAGCAAUGCUGUCUCAAAACCCACCAUGUUUCAAAUCGGUCUGUAAAUAGAAUGAUAGAAUGGUUUGGGUUGGAAAGGACCUUAAGAUCAUCUAGUUCCAACUCCCCUGCCAUGGACAGGGACACCUCACGCUAGACCAUCUCACCCAAGGCCCUGUCCGACCUGGCCUUGAAAACUGUCAGGGAUGGCGCAUUUACCACUUCCUUGGGCAACCUGUUCCAGCCUCACCACCCUCACAGUAAAGAACUUCUUCCUUAUAUCUAAUCUAAAUCUCCCCUGUUUAAGUUUAAGCCCAUUACCCCUUGUCCUCUCGCUACAGUCCCUGAUGAAGAGUCCCUCUCUGGCAUCCUUGUAGGCUUCAUCCUUCAAUACUUGAAGUGUUUUCUCCUGUGUUUCCUUCUUGAAUCAAUUCCUUGAUUGUCUCCCCUCUAAGUAAAGAAUACUGGCACCAGCUCCUUGUGCAUUGCCCAGCGGGGUGCCUGCCUGCUGGCCAGGCUGGGGUUACUCCACACUACUUAAAAGCUGAACACCAGCCCUAUGUGAAAGGACUAGGGCUGAGCCCAGCUCUCCUGCCUCCUCUUUUUGAUGCUCUAAAUUGCAGCGUUCCCAUGUGCAAGUUGGAAGGUACGAAUGAAAUCAUAAUCAAAGUGAGAGAUCGUCCUUUUUAGUCAUAGUGUUAGGGACAGCAGGGCAGUGGGGAAAUGCAGACCUCUUGUUGACACCUAGCAAUAAAUGACUCUUCAUUUGUUAUGUCUUAAACUCCUCACAGUCCAGGAGUUUUUCUGACUUUACGAUUUCUGUUUGUAAUAACCAAAUUUUCAGCGGGAAAAUCUGCGGAGUGAUUCUCUUGACUUGGACAAUCUUCUGAAUUAUAUGAAAAAUAUCUGUUAGUUCUUAGCUCUUUAGAUUCACUUUGGGUAGGUCAAAAAAGUAACACUUGGGAAAAGGAGAAAGCCCUAAAACUUCGGCUUAGUGCAUUUCCGUUAUAAAACGAAGCAUGGUUUUUGUGGAAUUCUGUGCUGUUUUGGGCUUUUGUGUAAAAGGCUGAAGGCAGGUUAUUAUUUAAACCAGGUGCAAAUAAAUAUCCCUGUAAUGUAUAUGAACAAAUUUAAACCGUGUAUUGUAAGUAUAUAAACUGUAUAUUAAAGACACUAUUUUCAUGAUA